AUGUUCAACACGAGGAGUUUUGGAGAUUCAUGUGUGGAUCGAUUCAGUUGUGUUGGUUCACUUCAACAAAGUCAAAUCAAUUGUUUUCAAGGAAAAUGCACCACUCUUUCAAGAACACAUGUUUUACCCAUUGGAGCUGAUUGUAGUGCUGAUCCUUCAUUGCCUACUUUUUCCUCUUUCAUUAGCUAUGAGAAUAAUACCUUCUCUACUUGCAAUGACCAGUCUGUUUGUGUAUCUAACAGUGGUUCACAUAAAUGUGUGAGGGUACAGAGUAAAAGAGCAGAGAGAUAUGGAACUUGUGGAAUGUUUUAUACGGUUGAGAACAACACAGUCAUUGAUACCAGCGUCAAGUUGUGUGAAGAGGCACAUAUUUGUUCAUACAUUGAGAAUGGUAAAUGUAUGCCAAAUUAUGCGUCUACAGACUUUUAUGACAAGUUUAGAGCUCCAUUUACAACUUUUACAGAUCCUAGAAUUAGCUUGUCAUUAAGACUAAGUUCAACAUACCUUGGUGAUCGAACAACUUACGUAAAGCAAGGCACCGAAUUUUGUAAGGAUGAUUACGGCUGUUCUGGAAAAUUACUUGGUGUCUCGUCCUUACAAAUCAAGACUAGCUAUUCUUACAUACGAGGACCAGCACCUUUUUCUGGAUCGUUCUCUUAUACAUUUAACAAAUGUGAUACUCGCGUGCGAAAGUGUGUUCGAACUUUUGCAAAAGAGAAUGGAAUGACAUGUUCGGAACAUGCAGAAUGCCGUUCCACCUAUUGUUCACCUCUCAACAUGACUUGCUCUGAAUUGUCAAAAGAAAUUGAAUGUGGACCAAGUGUUGUAACUGCUUCUUUGAGUGAUUGUCCUGGAUAUUCUCAAUGUGUUUGCACCAAUUCAAGUCGAGGGGUUUGCAUGAAUUUGUGUUUUGGUGAAUUGGCUGACUUACAUUCAUGUUCAUAUAAUUUUGGAGUUGUUGGACCAAACAGUCCCAUUUCUAAAAUGGAGAAUAGUUUGAUACCAUUCAUUGACAAUCAAUCUUCAUUAUUUUCUCUUCAAAAUGGAAAGUGUAAAGAAUACAUGAUCAAAUAUUUUGAAUGUAUGAAGAAUAAUCAGAAAGAAUUGAAUUUAGAAACUCUUGCCUUACCCUAUCUCACAAAAAGACAGCAACCAGUCAUCACAAGAAGAAUUCUGUCGCUCUCUGAGCCAAAUGAUAUUUUGUUGAAAAAUAAUUUGGCGAAUUCAUCAUCAUAUUCAGUUGAUACAGACAUUUUCGCAACUGCUGAAGUGAAUAUGACAAGUAUUGAGAAUAAUCAUGUUUCAAACAUUUCAGAAGUCUCUCUUUCAAGAAUUGAUUUAUUCAAUGAAAGUUCAAGCUCUAUGAUCAUGAAAGUGUCAGACAUUUAUUCAAAUUUUAACAUUUCAGAACAAGUGGUUGUCUAUGUAUUGGAAAGAAUGGCUGGAUUGAUUCCCAGAUACAAAACCAAAGAAAUUAACUUGAAAACCAAGAUGAAAGUUUGUGGAUGUUGUACAGCAACAGUGACCAAUUAUUUACAACAAUCACUUCAAGGAGGAAUUUUACUUAAAGGCAAUGAUUCCACCAUUCUCACAUCAGGAUUAGUCGUGUUUACCGACUUAUCGCUAAGUAACACAAUCUCUGGAUUUGAACCAAUCAUGGGACAUAAUUCAUUCUUGAAUCGAAAUUGGUAUGAAAAGUGUGACAUUAUUCUGGUUCCUCCUGAUGAUAUUGACUUGAUCACACUCUCAGUGAUGAAUAACAUGUUGAUUUUAGAUCGAAACUCAACACAUGACAACUCUGUGAAGGAUUUGGAAGAAAAAUCCAUGAAUGACAUAUUCUUGGUGUUAGCGUCAAAUUUACCUUCAAAAGUAUUGUCAAUUCCAAGAAAUGUGAGAGAUGCCGCCAUGACUAAUGAAACAUUGGCGGAUCGUGUCUCAACAAUCUUUCAAGAUGUAGUUACCGAGAAUUACUUGCAUGUUUAUGAUGUUGUCAAUUUGAUAAGAUCAACCAAUUCAUCUGAUUGUUCUAUUUUCAAUUCAACAUUUGACAUUAAGGCCUAUCAUAGAGCAAUAUUCUCAUAUCCAAUGUCAUUUGAUAGUUCUUUACCUUUCCCUCUUUCUUCACCUUCAUUUGUUAUUGAGAAUGAUCAAUGGUUCUUGCAGAAACUUUCUUUUGGAGCAGUAUCUGACGAUACAUUGUUAAACCUAUUUUCAAAAUUAGCACGUCCAAAAUGCUACAGCAGUUACAAUUCAUAUUUGGGUGUGUUCCAUUAUAAUGAUGUCUCCAAAUAUUGGGAUUUGGUGUUAAAAGACUCGAUGCUGUUCAUUGUCAUUGCAAGCUGUCUCUUAUUUUACAUUUUUUUGAUAUUGAGCUAUAGAAACAGUUUAGCCAUGAAACGAAGGUUGUUCGCACCAUUUAUUGGACCAUUUUGCAUGAUGAUUAUUUGUUUGGUUUAUAUUGAACCAAUUUUAAUGUCAUUGUUCAAGAAUGUUGGAAAGAACAUUGCUCCUUUCAUUCCGAUUCCCAAUCUGUUCAUGUCACUAUUGAGUGCUUCUUACAUUGUCGUUUCAAUAAGAUUUUAUUAUUUGAGAAAUUUGUAUCAGAUUCGAAAAGGAUUGGAUGAAACCAUGAAGAACAACAAGAUGAAUAACAUGAGAAUUUACAGAAUAUUUGUUCAACCUUAUGUGACUCUUUCAUUGGUGAUGAUCAUCACUUUCAUUCUGUUUGGAAUUUGGUUUGGAAUCUUUUAUGGAAUUUUAGAAAGCAUCAUUAUUGAAAGAUUUGGAAGAUUUGAAUGGACACUUCAAUUUGAUGCAUCAUUGUUGGCGUUGACCACUCAAUUUGGAUUUUUGAGUUUAGUUUCAAUCCUUUGUUUAUUUGUUGAUGCCAUGUUCAACUUGAAGAAAAUACGAAAACAUGUAAGUUUUUAUAGCUUAUUCAUGGCUUGGUGUGUUGACAAUAAUACACUAUUAACAGGGAAUAUAUUACUACUUAUGUUUGACGAUCCAUUCCACAUGAGAGUGGACAUCAUUUCACAAUUGCUGAUAUUCUUUACUUCAGUUCUCGUGAUCUUAGAUGUAUUUGUUUGGAAUACUCUUAUCAUCAACAGAAUUGGCAUUGCUCUCUUCUUCCUUUUCUCUCUAAUGAUAUUUGGUGGAAAUAUAAUAUUAGUAGAAUUUUUAGUCUCUGUAAAGAAUCGAAAAGUGAAAUCGUUUUGUGUAAACUCAACCAUUGAGCAACUUAGUCUUUUGGAAACUGAAUGGACUGAAAAUAUGAAAGAUUUUAACUUUAGAGAAUUGCAAAAGAAAUAUGCAACCAAUGAAUUUUCUGUGGAAAAUUAUUUAUUAUUUGAAGACUUGGAAAAGUUGGAGCGUAAACAAAGAGUCACUUUCGAUGACAUGACCUAUUUGAAUACUAAUUAUUUUACUCAUUUAGCUCCUUAUUCGGUGAAUUUGCCUGCGUUUUGCUAUACUCAAUUUGCAAUACUUCUUGGCAACCUCACUCUAAAUCCAGCUGAAACUAUUUCCUUUAGUGAUUUAGAAACCAUCAAAACGCAAGUGAUCACAAAUAAUCUUGACACCUUUAGUAGACUCAUUUUGACCGAUGAAUGUAAGAAGUGGAAAGAAGUUUCAAUGCUGCAGCAAGAGCUGAAUAUUGUCCAAAAGAAAGUUUAG